AUGAAUGGGCAGCCUGCUUUUCCCAAAGAUGGCCCAGCUGUUUUAGAUCAAACACAAGUCAAAUUGAAUUACAGUCCGAUAAGCGACGAGUCUCUUGUUCCAAAAAUACAUUUGUGUGUUUUGGUUGGCAAAGACUCCCCUCAACUAUUUGAUUGUCCGCAGGCUAAAAGGUACGAGGGGAAUAAUCUUGAUGCGGCAGUACGCAAGCUGCGCAUGGGCGGAAGAUUGAUGCAGGCGUUCACGCAGGAUGAUAUGUAUUUAGAGAAGUUCGGGUCGAGAAGCUUCCGAUUCGUGGAAGAAAAAACCCGGAGCACCAUCAGCUAUGUUGAGGAGGCAAAAGGUAUCCUGCGCAACGAGAUUAAAAUACACGUUAUUCGGUCGGACCGCACUGUUGCUGAACUCCGAAGCCCUGAUUAUGCACAACAAAACCCAAAGGCGAAAAAAGCUGGCGAGCUCUUCGGCAUUGCAAUGGAUGCUUUGACCAAAUAUGGUGGCCCGUUUGCGGAAUCGGCAACAUCUCGCGUACCAGCUAUGGCGGCUGUCAUGAUUUUGGAUGCUCACUGGGAUAAGAGGCAGAACUUAAUUUUAGGACAUGCCGCACUAGGUGGUGGAAAUGAUAGGAUCAAGCUUGCGAUCUUUGGGUCCCACGGACUUCACUCUUGGCCAAUGAAUAUGGAGUCCUUGCAUAGAGCAUUAACUGACACCACGCCGAUCAGCACCAAUGAGGUGGCAAAUGAUUGCAACCAAUGUGGUACUGCUUGGGAGUGCUUCACAUUGACUUUAGGAGCAUUUAUGCACGAAAUAGGACACUUGCUUGGUUGUCCUCAUCAAAGAAAUGGAGUCAUGCUUCGUGACUAUUUAACAUUGAACCGCAAGUUCUUAGCGAAAGAGGCGUAUUGUCAGCGAACAAAGAAAUCCGACUGGGGCCCCGUGCUCACUAGCGCAGAACCUGGAUGGCACAGAUUGGACAAAAUAAGGUUUCUCUAUCAUCCAGCCUUUGCUGUGCCCGCUGAUUUCUACGUGGAAUCAUUUAGACCAACUGCAUUUAGAUGCAACCAAGGAAUGAAACUGCCUACAGAUGCAGUGUGUGAAAUAUCCGUUCUGGCGAUCGAUAUAGAUACCUUGGAUUUGGUGGCACCUUCAGGAAUCUAUCUGGUUGAGUUCAUGACAGGUGAAUUUCCGGACUUGCAAUACGAGUUCUUGCCAGUGUUCUUGAAGGGUCGGGGCUGCCUCCCAGUCGUCCGCUUAUCCGUCUCCCAAAUUGAGUCUCAACUAAAAUCCAAGAAACCCAUUCAUGUUCGAGUUCUUGCAAGAGGGUUUCUACAAAAAGACAUUAGUGAUUUGCGGAAAUUACUUAUUGAGUUGAGUUCUCCCGUGUUGGUCAAUGGUGGUGCAUUGUCUCUUACGAAAAGCGAGGUUUACGGAGGGGAUCAGGGCAGUGACUUGAUGGUCACUUUUCCUGAUAAGCGAGUCAUCGGGCUACAAGUUACACAUGGUUUGGCAUUGGACGGAAUCAGAGUCCUUUUCAAUGAUCGAAGCUAUCUGGAUUUCGGAAACUUCAAAAGUCAUCAUUCAGAUUUUUAUUUGGAGGAAGAUGAAAUUAUAACAGGAUUCAACAUUCGUUGUGGAGCUUGGGUUGAUGCUAUUCAGAUUUUGACCAACAAGAAAUCGAGUCCAAUGCUAGGCGGAACAGGGGGAGGUGUGCGUCAGUUUUUUGUGCCUCGAGGCAAGAAUUUGUAUGGAUUCUAUGGGAAGAUGUCCAAUUGGUGCAUCGGAAUAGGAUUUUUGUAUGGCUAA